AACCUCAACAAGAACAUGCGACAUUGUUGACUUCCUAACACUGCUGGCUGCGUGCAUCGUGCACUAUUGUCGUAUUAGUGAGCAUGAUGUGACGAAGAAAAUAACACAAUUGUUUGAAAUAAUUGCAGUAGUACCUAAUUUUGUCUCUAAGUUAGUUAUUUUUCUUAAUUCAUAAUGGGUAAAAAGACUAAAGUAGGAAAACAGCGCAAGGAUAAAUAUUAUCAGCUUGCAAAGGAAACUGGUUAUAGAUCACGAGCUGCUUUUAAGUUAAUUCAGUUGAACCGAAAAUUUGGAUUUCUACAAAAAUCGCGAGUAUGUAUAGAUCUAUGUGCAGCUCCUGGUGGUUGGAUGCAAGUGGCUCAUCAGAAUAUGCCGGUAUCCAGUGUUGUUAUUGGUGUGGAUUUGUUCCCUAUCAAACCAGUUCCUGGAUGCAUUGGCCUCACAGAAGACAUUACUACGGAAAAGUGCAAAGUUGCUAUCAAAAAAGAAAUAAAAACAUGGAAAGCUGAUGUUGUCUUACAUGAUGGGGCCCCGAAUGUAGGUCUCAACUGGAUUCAUGAUGCUUAUCAACAAGCAUGUCUUACAUUAAGUGCCAUGAAAUUAGCUACAAAUUUCCUCAGGCAAGGUGGUUGGUUUGUCACCAAAGUGUUUCGAUCAAAGGAUUAUCAUGCUCUUCUAUGGGUUUUAAAGCAAUUCUUUAAAAAAGUUCAUGCUACUAAACCUCAGGCAUCUCGUAAUGAAUCUUCUGAAAUUUUUGUUGUGUGCCAAGGAUAUAUAGCACCUGAUAGUAUAGAUCCCAAGUUUUUGGACCCAAAACAUGUAUUUGAAGAUUUGGAUAUUGUUAAAAAGCAACAUAACAAUUUAUUGCAUCCUGAAAAGCAGAAAAAAGCUAAAGCUGAAGGUUAUAGAGACAAUGACUACACAACACACCAUAAAGUUUCCGUGACAGACUUCAUUAGCAAAGAUGAUCAUAUAGACUUACUUCAAGAAUGUUCAGAGAUUGUGCUUGAUGACAAGGCCAUAUUGGAGCACCCUAAGACAACUGAAGAAAUAAAAAUCUGUUGCAAGGACAUCAAAGUUCUUGGUAGAAAGGAUCUCAAAGCAUUACUAAGUUGGUUAAAGCAAAUGAAGGAAUGGAAAUCUUCUCAGGAACCCAAGCCAGAAAAUGAGGAAGAAAUCAGUGAGCCUGAUGUAAACGGAGAUGAAAAGAGUGAUGGUGAAGACAAUGUUGAUGAAAAAAUAGCUGAGCUUCAGGAUGAAGACCGGCGAUUGACAAAGAGGAAAAGAAAACAAUUAAACAAGCAACGACAGAAAUUAGCAGAGAAAAUGAACCUCAAAAUGGUACUGAAAGGUGAUGACGGGCCUAUCAUGGAGAGUCAUGACAUGUUCAAACUGUCUGAUAUCAAAAAUGCAGAGGAGAUGUCACGCAUAGUUGACCAGCAGCCAGACAUUGUCGCCGAUGCCAGUGACGAUUCUGAUGAUGAACUGAAAGUGAAGAAGAAAUUUGUAAAGUAUGAUGUGGAAGCCUCAAAAUUAGACUCCUCAGGAUUAUUUUACAAGGACUCUGAUAGUGAAUUAGAGAUGGAGUCUGAUUCCGAGGAUGAAAAAGAAAAGGAUUCUCUUGCCUUCUCAGACUCGGAAAACGAAAGUAAGAAAAUUGCCAAACUGACUAAACUGAAUACUCUAAGAAAUAGCCAGGUGACCAGGGCUCCUAAAAUUCCCAAAAACAAUCCACUUUUAACUGACUUGGAUAACACAGACCCUGUAUCGAAAAGAUCAAUGAAGGCUGAGCUCUGGUUUCAGAAAGAUUCCUUUAAAGAUAUUGAUGAAGAGGAUGAUGAGGGGGUGGACUUGGAUAAACUGGCAGAAACUUACAAAGAAAAAGGCAAAAAGGUUUCUGAAGAUGUUGCUGAAGCAGACACAAUGAGUAAUAGAAAGAAGAGGAAACAUAGUGAUACAGAAAGUUCAGAUGACGAGUCUUCCGACAGUGACUACGAUGUGGAAGAAACAAUUGCUCCUACUAGGGGUAAAAAUGGUGCCAAAAUUGGCAAGAAAGAAGAGUUUGAAGUUGUUUCUCAAGAUCCGGAGUUAAAAAAAUUAAAGAAAACUAUGAAGAUGGACGCCGAAGCUCUUGCUCUGGGUACAAUGAUAGCAACGUCAAAAAAAUUCAAGAGAGAUUUAAUUGAUGAUGCAUGGAACAGAUAUGCUUUCAAUGACACCAAUCUGCCUGAUUGGUUUGUGGAAGAUGAGAAGAAACACAUGCACAAACCAGUUGUUAUCCCAGAGAAAUACACAGAAGAAUACAAAAACAGGCUUCAAGAUAUAAACGUGCGACCAAUAAAGAAAGUCAUUGAAGCUAAAGCUAGGAAGAAGAAGCGUAUGAUAAAGAAAAUGGAGCGCGCCAAGAAGAAGGUGGAGGCUGUUAUGGAAAACGCAGACAUGUCUGAAAGGGAGAAGGCUCAGCAAGUGAGACAGCUGUAUAAGAAGGCUCAGUCUGAUGGUAAGAAGAAGGUUACAUAUGUUGUGGCUAAGAAACAUAACACAGCUAAACGAAUGAAGCGUCCAAGCGGAGUAAAGGGACAGUAUAAGGUAGUCGACCCGAGGAUGAAGAAAGACAUGCGAGCGCAGAAGGCCAAGGAGAAGACUAAAGGGCGCGGCAAAAAGGCCAAGGCGACGAAGGCCAAGGUGACGAAGGCGCCAAAACGAAAAGGGAAAAAAGCCAAGUGAUACGUAAUCGCUAGGUAUUACUACUAGUAUUUUAUGUACAGUGUACAUUGAUGAAUACAUUUUAUUUAAAAUUAA